CAGGAAGUGAAUAUGCGGGAUCAGCAGAAACAGCGGCGGCCUUAAAGGAAGACGGGCAUAGUCGACUCGAAUCAUUAUUGUCUUUUUCUUUUAACAAGAGCUGUUUUUGCGUUUGCAUUUGAAUCUUGGAUAAUAAAAUGGUUUCUCAUUCGUUAACCUUGCCAAUGGUUAUUUUCACCAUAUUGUGGGGGCUUGUUGGAAUCGUAGCACCUUUGUUCGUGCCGAAGGGACCUAACCGGGGGGUAAUCAUCACAAUGCUGAUAACAACAGCAGUAUGCUGCUACCUCUUUUGGCUGAUCGCAAUUCUCGCCCAGGCUAACCCAUUGUUUGGGCCUCAGUUGAAGAAUGAGACUAUAUGGUAUCUGAGGUAUUACUGGGAAUAAAAUCUUACAGGAAUAAGUGUGUCAGGACCAGUCAUGAUUCCGGUUGAAUAUUCUUCCAUUUUUGUCUGAAUGCUUUUGCUGUACAUGCAAACCUAAAUUCAAAAGUGAUUAUUUAUUUUUGUCUGUUUUACCAACCAAGAAAAAUGGUCCUUUAAGUGUGAAACAAUGUAAAGUGUGAGAAUGUGUCAGUGUUUAAAGACAUUUUACUAAAUGUGAUAUUACUAAUGCACUACAGAACUAUUUAUGUAUUUAUUUAUAUUUAUUUUUUACUUAUAUGUAUGUUUCAAUUGUUAUGUUUUAGAUCAUCUAUCUUAAUAUAAUAACAUGAAAACAUCUAUAAUUUAUUGGAGAAAGCUUGUAUGUGAAGUCUGCUUCACCAUUGUUUGCCCUGAGGGUGUAUCUUGUUGUCUUACCAGCACUCCAGACGAUCUUUCCUUUGCAGAAUGUUUCCUCUUUCACCUAGGAACUGGUAGGAUAAAACUCUGAGCUUCAUUUCAUUUUUUUAGCUUGCUUUGCUGCUGUUUAAUCAAGGCCAGACAAAAUAAGAGCAAUUAGGUAGCAAUAGUAAAAGGUUUCUGCAAAUGAAAAUAAGGAAAGAUCUGAAUGAUCAAAUAAGUACAGCGUGAUAUGAAGUUACUUAAAAUAAGAUUCAUUGGUGUAAUGCUGGUGUUCAAAUAAAUAUAUUUAAACCU